AUGCUUCAAACACUCCUCCUUCCAGCGAGUGGCUUGGCCGCUUUCGAUACUAGGUACAGCCCAAAAGAAGACUGUAUCGAAACGUUCCUUUUUUCCAUUUGCACUACAGUCCUCCCCUUUUCCGGUUACCGCAUGUUCCUUGUUGGCAGGCAAACACUCACGCAAGCAUGA